AUGUUACAGCCAAGUCCCAAACCACACCAGAGCGGCGAGGCCCAUCCGCUCCUUGAAACUCGAGCGACUUCGCUCACUCAACCAUUGGUCAACGUUCGCUUCAGCCGAUGGAGCGUGCUUGCUACCAUCUCAACUCUGCUGUUCACCGCUGCAGUAUUCGGUGUCUUCAAACCAAGUGCCACGACGAUGAGAAGUGCAACGACGGUCGCACCUGACGCCAAAUUUGAUCUCUUCACGCCGAUCUUUAACGCUGAAGCCCCACCCAAUAGCCUCUUUAACCACACUGACGCACAAAAGAACCUGUUACCACCCAAGUUCCUGGCACCUGGUAUCGUAGGCUCACGCCCCAUCCCGACUAACGACUGGUGGGGCAACAUUAUUGGAGCUACCGUCGGAAAGGAUGAUGUUGUGUAUCCUGUGUGGACCAAUCCGUACAGUGUCACGCCGUCCAUCUUUAUGGAACCUUACGGUCUCACGAUGAAUUACCCGUACACGACUCGAUUGUUUGGAGGAGGGUUGAGUGGAAAUGGCGACGCUGAAAUGUACUAUAUUCACGGCCAAGUACCUGAGUUUGCUUUCUCCGCCACGGAAUUCUCCAACUCGUCUCGUCCAAUUUUUGAGGUGUUUGACUGGGAUGACCUUAGUGUGCAGCUUCGUUUCUUAUCCCGCAGUGAUUCCUCAAAGAAAUUUGAGGCGACACUUGCUAGUGGCAUGGCUUUCGUCACUGCUCGCUACUCGGGUCUAACCCCUCUCUUUCAGACAGUGUAUAAGAUUUCAACAAUCAACGGCUUUGACUCCACUGAGACCGUCAACCGCUCUCUUACUAAUGACCGCUACGUGCUGCAGUUCGACAACGACGCCACCUGGACGCUUUACUUCUCCAAAGAAGUUACACUUCAUUUUGACGGUCAUUCAACACUUAACAUGAAAGAGCCCUUCACAGGAAUUGCUCGUGUCGCACUGAUUCCAGAUGCAUCUGCGCAGGAGCAGAUCUCCUUUGACCAAGCGGCAAGCUGCGUCCUUGAUGGUGGCCGUGUUGAAGCCCACAAUGAAAAUGCUUACGCAUACAAAUGGAAAACCAGCGGUGAUUGCUCUAACGGAAUGCUGCAUUACGCUCAGGUCCAUCACGUCGACACUUUGGAUCGUAGAUUUGCUGAGGAGAUUGGUGGCAUUGCUGCUCAUUCCACCACCCGUGGACUGAUGCAGGGUAUGAUGACCAAGACUUCACCGCCUGAGUGGCGUCUUGUGGAAUCGUUGGACUUUCCAGUGGACUUCUACCCACCGCGAAAACCUGAUGCAAAAGCAGUUAAGACAUAUGAAAUGAAGAAAACUUUGAUCGCCGACAUUAACUCCCAGUGGACGAUUGCCUUAGGUCAGAGCUACUACUUCAACGGCAAGGCUGCACAAAAGUACGCUUCACUUUGCUUAAUGGCUGGAGAUCCGUCUAUCGUUGGUGAAGGCGAUACCACACUAGUUCUGCACUGCGUCAAAAAGCUGGAGGGCUUGCUGACGCCGUUCCUCAAGAAUUUAUGGACAAACGCACUUAAUUAUGACACUGUAUACCGCGGAUUGGUGAGCUCACAGGGUUUUACUCUUAACAAUCCAAACGUUGAUUUUGGCAACACCAUGUACAACGAUCACCACUACCACUACGGCUACUGGGUUGUUACUGCCGCUAUUAUCAACAAGCUGGACCCCACUUGGUCGGGAAUUCCAGAACUUAACCGCAUGGCAGGCUUUUUGAUCCGCGACGUCGCAAAUCCAUCGAAUGCAGACCCGUACUUCCCAAAGUUCCGCAGUCUAGAUUGGUACCGUGGUCACUCGUACUCACAUGGCAUCACGGCGCUCGCAGACGGAAAGGAUGAGGAAAGCACGUCCGAGGACAUGAACUUCUUCUACGGCAUGACAUUACUUGGCAAGGUGACUGGUGAUACUCACCUCGAAACUGUUGGCAAGCUCAUGGUCAAGCUCAACGCUCGCGCUAUUCAAACGUACUUUCUGAUCCAGGAUGGCAACCGAGCCCACCCGGACCGCUACCGUGAAAACAAGGUCAUGGGCAUCCUCUUUGACAACAAGGUAAACUACGCCACGUGGUUCAGCGGUAAAAAAUACGCAAUCCAUGGUAUUCAAAUGCUUCCGGCUACGGCUGUCACCGAAUAUGUGCGCACGCACGAUUUUGUCUUGCAAGAAUGGGACCAAGUCUUAUCUCGAGAACCCAUCGUCCAGAACGAUGAGCUGACUAACCCAUGGCUUUCGCUACUCUACAUGAAUUACGCCACCGUUAACAAGGAGUUUGCUUUAGAAAAGCUGCAAAAUGUCACGAUGGAUGACGGCCUCUCGCGGUCAUGGGCCAUGUACAUUGCAGCUACCCGGCCAUAG